CCCACCGAGCUUGCAGAGAAACGUACGCUAGUAACCUCUCCCAUUCUUACUUCUUUGGCUGAGGCACCAUUUCUCACCUUCUCUCUGAAUCUUCUAAGGUCGAUCAACAAUGUCAAUGGCUCUGUUCUCGUCUCCUCCAACCCACCUCCCAACUUCAACUUCACCUUCACCUUCACCUUCACCCUCUCCGCCCAAAACCCAUUUGACCCUCCACAAGCUCUCUCUCUUUGUCGCACCCAAGAAACACCCCUCCUUGGUGUCCGCCCGAGGAGUGGCCUCUGGCGCUGCCGCUGUGCAGGAGGCUUCUGAUGCUCCGGUACCCAAUUCUUGGGCUAAUGGCUCGCCGGAGAAGGCUGGAUUUGAGGACCCCAAGUGGGUUGCAGGGACAUGGGACUUGAAUCAGUUCCAGAUAAAUGGAAAUACUGAUUGGGAUGCUGUGAUUGAUGCUGAGGUUAACAGGAGGAAAUGUCUUGAAGAUAAUCCACAAUCAACCAGUAGUGACAAUCCUGUAGCUUUUUACACAUCUAUAAUACCCUGGUGGGCGUGGGUGAAGCGUUUCCAUCUUCCCGAGGCUGAACUUCUCAACGGGCGUGCUGCGAUGUUAGGCUUCUUCUCGGCUUACUUUGUGGAUAGCUUGACCGGAGUAGGUCUCGUGGACCAAAUGGGCAACUUCUUCUGCAAAACACUCCUAUUUGUAGCUGUAGUUGGAGUACUUCUGAUCCGAAAGAACGAGGACAUAGAAACCCUGAAAAAGCUUCUGGAGGAAACGACGUUUUACGACAAGCAAUGGCAAGCAACUUGGCAGGAUGAGGCCCCUAGCAGCUCCAACAAGGCCUAGAGCAAAUUGCAGGCCUCCGAGCUGCUACUUCUAAUCUAUCAUCACUGCAUCUGUAUUAACUAUCAUUAUAUAGGUCUCUGUUUCUGAAGGAGUGUGAUUGAAAUUUCUAUCCCCAGUUUGUAGCAGCUCCUGGGAUCUGAUUUAUUUGCUUUUGUUAUGCAUGAAAUUAUUCCUGAUCUUGGGCUA